AUGGAGGUGACCACCGUGUCCCCAUCUCCUGCGUCACCCACUGAAGGAGAUGAUCUGUGUGAGACAGAUGUCACCAUCGUGGUCACCCACAGUUCGACCCUGCUCCUCUGCCUCUGUGGGCUGGUUGGGAAUGGGGCUGUCAUUCGCCUCCUCAGCCUGAAGGGUGAUAACUUUUUCAUCCGUGGCAUGGCUGUCACCGACUUCCUCUUCCUUCUCCUCACAGUCCCCUCUGCCCUCAUCCUCCUGGUGGAGGACGUGUCCUGCUCUCUUAUCCUGCCCCUGCUGUACCUGCGUUUCCUUUUCCGACUCUCUUUGUUCUCCUGUUACUGGGUGCCGCUUUUGCUGAUGACUUUCGGCCUUGCAAUGUAUAUCAAAAAGCUCUUGAAACGCUGCUGCCGACGUGACCUUCCUAAUGAUCUGCUUUGGGUGGUGAUGAUUGUCCAGUUUUGGGCUUUCUCUGCUCUCUUCGCUGAGAUUCCCACACUGACACCCCAGUGCCAAUCAAAUGAUCAGGAGCACUGCCGGGAAGCCCUCAUUGCCGUGUGGGCCAUAAUCCUGCUCCUCCUUGUCACACCCAUAACUGUGCUGGUCAUUUCCAGCACAAUUAAUUUAAUUAAGGCCAAGUGGGGCUCCGAGCAGAAGCAACCCGAGGGGCUCGACAUCGUUAUCGUCUCCAUUGGUCUCUUCACUCUCCUUUUCAUCCUCUGCAAUUUCCUGCAGCAGCUUGGUUACGUUACUGUGCCCUCCCAUUUCUUUUUCCUGCUCACCUGCAUCAACAGCAGCAUCAAACCCUUCAUCUACUUCUUGGCGGGGAGGUGCUGGAGGUCCUGCUCUGUGGAGUCCCUUCGGCUCUCCCUUGAGAGGGUCUUUGACUAG